AUGACUUUAUAUAACAAGAAAUGUUCAAAAACAUUAAUGUUAUCAGAAGAAUCUUUAAAAGAAUUAUAUUUAAUAUGGAAAAAAGGAGGAUAUAUAGGAUUAAUAUUUGAUAAAAUAAUGCAUUUAUUUGAAGUAAUUAUAUUAAUGACAAUAUGUAUUAUUAUUACAAUAUUAGAUUUUAAUAAAAUGUUUAAUACAAAAACAAAAGAAAAUGAAUUAUUUGAAUAUUUUAUUUUAAAUGAUCAAUUUAGAAUAUGGUGUAUUUGGUGUAUUAUUUUAUUCUUUUCUCCUUUUAUUAUUAUUAAAAUAUAUUUUACUUUUAAAAAAUUAUUUUCUUCUAAUAUUAUUGAAGCAAAAAAAUUUUAUAAUAUAAAUCAUUUUCAAGAGUUUAAUAGAAAUUGGAAUGGAAUAUCAGAAAUAAUAGCACCAUCAACAUCAUCAAAUAGAAAAACAUUUGUUCGAAUGUAUAAUAAUAAAAUUGAUCCACAAUCUAAUUUAAUUAUUCGUUCAUCAAUUGCAUGGAAUUAUAAUUUAUUAACAUUAUUAUUUAAUAGAUAUUCUUUCUUUAAAUAUUAUCCAUCAAAAUAUCUUAUUAAAAUUACUCAAUCAAUUUUAUUCCCUUCUUUCUUUGAUGAAAAUUUUUGUAGAAAUCUUCAAUAUGAUAAUAAUUUACAAAAAAUAUGGAAAAAUUAUAUUCAAGCUAAAACAAAUGAAUUACGUUUUCUUCAUAUAUUUCCAUUAAAUAUUAUUUUUGCUUGUUAUAAUGGUUAUCUUACUUUAUUAAAGUAUUUUAGUUCAUUUACUAGUAAAAAUUUAAUUUUAUUAAACAAAUAUCAUUUUACUAAAUACGCUUGGUUAUUAUAUCGUAGAUAUAAUGAAUUACCUCAUGAAACUUCUACUAGAUUAUAUGAAGCAAUUCCUUUAGCUCAACAAUUAACUGGGAUUAAUCAAAAAGGAAUUUUAUUUCAUAUAAUGAGAGUUUUAAAAAUUUUAAUCUCUGGUCUUUGUUUAAUUAUUAUUCCUUUAGCUUCUUUAACAAAAUUUACUUUCUUUAAUAUUUCUUCAACUUUAUUAUUAAUGGUUGCAAUUCCUACUAUUGCCCUCAUUUAUUCUCAAACUUAUAAAAAACAAACAAUUAAAUCCCCUAGACAAAUAGCUCAAUACUUACAAAACUUCACUAAAUAUUAUGAUGAAAGAUGGGAAAAUCCUUCAAUGGAAAGACAGUUAUUAACUGAAUUUGAAAAUUCAAUAUUUAAAUCAAAUUUAAAACAAAGUUUAGAUGAAAUUAUUGCUCCAUUUUAUGUUAAUUCUUUAUUAUCUCAUAACUUAUUUUCUUCAGAUUCUGAAUUAGUUAAUUUAAUUAUUUCUGGUGAAUUACAACCUCUUCCACCACCUCAAUUUCAACAUAAUACUACUUUUACAUCAUCUCUACAUGGAUUAUCAGCUUAUUUGAAUUUAGUACAUAAUUAA